CUACUAUUAUAUUACACUGAAGAACUGUCAAUAACAAUUACUAUUAGUUCUAAGACAUAAUGCUAGACGAAAGGUCGCUCCCGUAAGCCGACCUCUCCAUGGAUCCGAUCGUACAAUUCAUAUACUCCAGGCUGACCCCAUCCAUCCAUCACAAAAGCCCGUGGUUUUUUUUCUCACGGGGCAUGAUACAAGUAGGUAUAGACACGAGAAGGGAAAUCAAGAUAAAGAUAAAAGUGAAGAAAGUGAAAAGAGAAGAGAAGAGAAAAAUAAAAGAAGAGGGGAAAGAAGAGGGAAAUAAAGAUAAAAAUGAAGAAAAAGAAAAAAAAAAAAAUCUUGCGGUCAGUCUAUCUCCAGGAUAGAACAACUCUGGAGGACUAGAACCUCGUGGGGACUCUUUUUCUUUUUUCUUUCUUGU